AUGGACUCACACGCCUCCAAACGGCGUAAGACGUCACCGCGUACCUCCAUUCCCAUCCCCAGCGCCAACGACAACGACAACCACGCGACGGACGGAACCGCCCCUCCUCCUCCCAACGGAAACGAUGCGCCCAGCUCUCAAUCGCCCAGGAAAAGGCGCCCCGAUUUCGCGAGUCCGACGAAGGCGAGCCUGUCGAGACACAACCCAGAGAUCCUCGCCCGACGCCGUCAAUCGGCCCGCGAAGCCUCGCAAGCGCAGCAGCAGCAAAAGCCGUCGCGGGGAAACACAACGACGACACGACCACAAACCGAAACGACGCGGCCACCCGAUCAACCGGCUUCGACUCCCGGAAGCCCAGACAGCGACAUCAGCCUCUCGGAACUCUUAACGGCCCAGCUGGAGGAGGAAGUGGUGGUGGGGAAGGUGGCCGCCGGCGCUGCAAGACCGCGCCGAUCACCGACCAAGCCCGUGCUUUUCACGCGACCGCUUCCUCCGCCGGCACCGGAGGGUGAGGAAGAGCUCAUUGAUCCGUUCAAGAGGAGGCCGAGGAUUCGGCGAUCGAAUGUGGCUGAGGAACCCGUCGAGGAGCCGGAAUUGCCGCCUACUCCGUCGCAGCUAGGGAUUGCGGAUCCGACGGUUACGACGCCGCCAAGGGGCAUACAUUCGAGUAGCUCGCCGACUAAGAGACGGCUGGCUAAUAGGGACCGGAGGAUACGCGCUAUACCGAUGAAAAAAUCUCCCUUGAAGAAGCAGUUCGUUCCGUCUCCUGUGCAGGAACAAGAAGAGGUCGUGGGAGAAGAUAAUGAGGCGAUCGAUGCUCUGGCAAAUCCGCAAAGAGCAGAAAAGGGAAAGGAAGUUGAGGUCGAGACGCAUCCUGCCAGAGGUGUGCCGUCGGAUGAAGAGAUACGGGGGAUGGAGGAGCAUUUGGAGACACUUCGGACAGAGGAGGAAAACUUGUGGAGUGAUCUUCAGAUGAUCUCGGGGCUUGGGAAGGAGUGGGCCAUGCAGGCUCAGGCUGCGAAGUUGAUUCCCUUUAUCAAGAAGCAUCCGAGGCUGAUUAGGCUGCCUGACCUACCGGACGCGACUUCUUCGGUGCAGGAUGAGAUUGACGCUCUGCUUCGAGGCGCAAUGAAUCCCUCUGCCUUGCUACCAUUUUCCAACCCGACAACCGAGCUUACAACUACAACUUCAAAAAAAACUUCAAACACCGAGGAGAAAUCCCUACCGACAUCCCACCUCCCUGUCUCCAUGACAGCCCAAGAAGAGCUCCCCUACCUCCAAAUCUUCUCCCCACUAGCUUUCACCUCCCACAACACGCCCCUCACAACCGCCGACAUGGAAUCCAACAUCCAGCGCCACGACAUCUCCAUCCGCGCCCUCGACGCGCCCCACCUCUUCUCGGCCCGCCUCACCAUGAUCGUCGACCUCUCGGAUUUUUCCAUCACGGACCUCAAAGUGCCGCGCCUCGAUCCCAACGCGCAGCGCGAGCUCGGCCCGUUCAUCGAGGACGUGCUCACGCGCACGGAUCGCGCCAUAGCUAGGAACGUGUCCUUGAUAACCUGGGCCAUGGGCGAGUGGUACCGUCUCGCCGUCAAGAGGGCGCAGUUCUGGAGGAGUUUGGCGCGGGAGUUUGAGGAUGCGAAGAGGUUGGACGCGCAUGCUGAGAAGAUCUGGAAGAAUCGGGCGAGGCAGUAUAAUCGCGAGGUUGGGGAGACGAUUGACGAUGAGAUGGCGAAGGAGGAUGAGGGCUUGAGCGCCGGGGAUGUUGGGGGCGAUAUGGGGAGGGCGGCGAUGAUGGUUGGGUUAGGACGGUGGGGGGAGGAGGAGUUGAUGGUUAGGGUGGGGUGGAGGAUUGGGUUUGACUGGACGGGGGAUGCGAGGAGUAAGGUUUCUGUUGCGGUUGGGAUGCCGGGUCGCUGGCACAGGGGAGAUCGAAACGGAGUCCUGGCAAAGGUACCCCAGAUCUUUGACGACUACGUCAGGGGAACGAGCGACGUCAUGGCUGCCGUGAGGAGGGUAGUCGCCCUGGUGGGAUACGAUGCUGAUGCGCCCGAGGCUAGGGAUGUAGUGGCGGCGUAG